AUGAAAAUUCAAGACAUUAAACAGUAUUUGGCUCAAAUGCUAGCAGAAUUCUUUGCUACUUUUUUAUUGAUUUUGAUUGGGAACGGAAGCGUUGCACAAUUUAAAUUUACUGGACCACCAGGACAAUCGCAUCUAGCAGUGCAACUAACAUGGGGCGUCGGUGUUUAUACGGCUCUCAUGGUAGCUGGACCAAUUUCAGGCGCUCAUUUAAAUCCAGCUGUUAGUAUUAGUUUGUGUACACUGCAGAAACUGAAGGUAUUGCAGUGCAGCCUAUAUGUAAUCGGACAAAUUUUGGGAGCCUUCAUGGGUUCACUUUUGGUAUUUGUUGUUUAUAUUAAUUUAUUCAGCCAGUAUGAUGGUGGAAUAAGACAGAUCAGUGGUGCAAAUGGAACAGCUGAUAUAUUUGUUACGUUUCCAUACAAUGACGAACUGCCAAACUGGAACUGUUUAAUUGAUCAAAUAGUUGCAACAUGUUUUCUGAUGAUAUUUAUUAUGGCACUAGGAAACGACUAUAACCAUUUGGUAUCGCAACCAGCUAAACCUUUUGCAUUUGUGCUAUUAGUCACGGCUUUGGGAUCGGGAUUGGGAUUGAACUGUGGAAACCCGGUACGUUAAUUAUAGUCUUUAGGCGAAAAAGAACUGUCCGAAAUUCUGUAAAAUUCCCAUGUAAGAUAUAAAAAUAAUGCCUGAAAUAUUAUUCACAAUAGGCGUGUUACAUCUAGGCAUUCACCAGUUUUGGUAAACCGACACCGAUCAUAACCGAAACUGAACAUAACCGAAAAUGUUGCACAAGUUCUUGAAAAUACGUUUGACACAAUAUGAAGGAAGCACCUGUUGUUCAAUCAGCAACUGUUCAUCCCGGAAGAAAGAUGUACGGAGUAAAAAAUCAGAAAUAAGUCAAAUAAGUGGUAUUUAUUCCACCGUGAAGACAGAGUUUCCCAAAAUUGAGUUUAGCAACAAAAGUGUGGCAAAUUUAAUUUCCUAGAUUUUAUUCGCUGGAUGCACUUGUAUACAGAUCAAUCUCCACGAUGAAAACUGAUAUUAACUGCUUUUCAUCGUGGAGA